UUAUAAAUAAUGCAACUUUUUAAAUCAUGUGCUCCUAUUCCUUGAAACUAUAGAAUGUAACCGGUUUUUAUUUUAAUAUAAGGUCACUGUGGGCAAGACCGUCUACAAGGCAAGUCCGUCAACACAUUAUAACUUUUGAAUUAGAAAGCGUUUGCCGCUUUGGCGUCGAGUUUAUAAGUCAGUUUUUCGUGCUAGUUCCCUCACUCUAAAACAGGCGAAGGCGCUUAUUCCCAUGACUUACAACUUGUCCAAUAUAAGUGAAUCCGUAUACGUAUCGUAACUAUGAAUAAACAAGGUUCACACUUUUAUAUUGGUUAUCUUGAGUCGUGCGCUCGGUGAACGAUUGGAAUAUAUAAAUACCAGGAGUAACUACGAAUUACCAGUGUUUAUGUUUACAUUAUCUCUUGUCAAGCGUACUUGUCUUUUCCGAAAAACCAUCAGAAGUGAAACCUCGAGAUCCCUAUCAACUGAGAUCAUAUCGUUAUACUGGUUUACUGGUGGUUGGUUAUGGUGGUAUUAAUAUCAAAGAAAAAGAAAUACUGCAUAAAUAAAAUAAAUAAAUAAUUAUAAUUGCAUAAGUUGAUACAAAAUGCUAUGCAAUAGCUUUACCGCGGCAGUCCCCGAGUGCCACACGUCUUUUUUUUAUUUAGUUUUAGUGAUUGAGGACGGCAGAGUGUUUACUUCUUUCCUGACACCCUUAUAAAGAACUUUAAAGUUUAAUGUUCUUGCUACUGCAAGCCCUUAUAGGCAGUUCUACAUCUUGAAAGCUGUGUGAUUGAAGCCUUAGUCAAAUGUACCCAAAUCGUCGACUAUAAUACUGUGUUGCUCACAGGAAAAACGCGUGUUUUCCGGGACAUUUUGACCCACAAAUAAAGUGUUAAUUUUCAUGUAGGAGCAUGGAGUGUUUUAGCCGAGCACAGGACGGUUUUCAUCGGCUGAAGAAGCGACUGCGAGAGAACAGCUUCGACAACCUCGUGUGUCUCGUUAUGGUCAUGCCCAGCCUGGUCGGAUUUGAGAUCACCAGAAAGAAAAUAUUCGUGCCGUUUUGGAUCAUACAUCUAUCGCUGCUUACCUACGUGUACGGUGUGGGUAGCCUGGUGUACCAGGCUAAGCACGCGCGAGUGGCCAGCGACUUCAUCAAGAGUUUCGUCAACGUCUCCAUCUUAGUGCUUACGGUGAACAACAGUUACUGGUGGCUAACUCAAAGGGAUCUAUUAAGGAAUGUACUAAGAAAGGCCAAUGCGAGUGAUAAGAUCACUAUCCAAGCCGGACUGUUCGUCGACAAGCACCAGCACUCCUUAAGCAUAAUCAAACGGAUUUUGAUUAUUUUCUACUUUAUCAAUUUAACCAAUGAGUUCACGUCAUAUUUGCCGAAACGCGCUGAAUUGAACGAAAAAACCUUCUCAAUGACACCUUGCGUUGGAAUCAAGCCACUGACGUCCUCUCCACAACGUGAAGUCUGUAUAGUGCUGACAUCCCUUCAAGAAUUAACGAUUGUCAUCGUUGUACUAAAUUUCCAGACAAUGAUGCUCUUGCUCAUAGCGCAUACCUCUACCAUGUAUCAACUGCUCUCCGAUGAAAUCAUGACAUUCAAUACGUUACUUACUAAUCCGAGUAACUACGAUUUAUUAAAAGAAAGACUUGGCGUCAUUAUAAAGCGACACAUUCUGACGUUAGAUAUAAUAAAGGACAUCAGAGUUUUAUACAGCAUACCGAUGGGAAUUAAUUUUGGUUCGAAUGCGGUGUGCAUGUGCUUUUUCUUCUUCUUGGAACCUGAAGAAUAUUUUAAUUUUAUGCCGAUAUCUAUGUAUUGUUUCAUCGUAUUUUUCUUAUACUGUUUUCUUGGGCAGCGGCUGACGAAUGCCGCGGAGGUAUUUUCUCGAGCUGUGUACAGUUGUGGCUGGGAACUGAUGGAUAUUAAGGAACAAAGAGCAAUUUCUAUUAUGCUUCUUCAGUCACAGAAAGAGGUCGACUUACUUGCAGCUGAUUUGAUCCCGGUCAAUAUGCUCACUUUCGCAAGCACGUCUCAGGGCAUAUAUAAGUUUGUUACUGUUUUUAAAUUAUAGAGCAAGUAGAUAACUGUAACUGCCAAUAACUGACUGUUAUUAUUAAUAUUUAUUCAUUAAUUUAUAUUUACAAUGUAGAAAUUAUUACGUUUAAAUGCUGCUUUGUCGAUAAUAGGAAACACUGAAAUAUUUAUUAUUAUUUAUUAUUUCCACGUCAGUAAAAUUAUAACACACAUAUCCAAAUUACAGUGGUAAAGCACCACCAUGCACCAGUCUACCACUUUGACGAGUAAACCUAUACUAAGGAGUUAAAGAAUUAAUUUUGAAUCGGUUAGCCGGUUAUUUCUAUACAACCUGGUAGGUAUGUGGAAGUAAAAUAAAUAAUAAAUGUGGAUGCAUGAUGUUUGGUAGAACUAUGUGGCCUCCGCCAGUUAUUAAGAGGGAAGUAUACCACGUGAUUCGGUAGCCGUAUAGAGUAUGCCGCGCCUUUUGUCACUGUAUUUUUUUAACUGUGCAAUAAAGUUUAAAUAAAUAAAUCGUUCAUACAAAAAGGGAAACGGUU